UCAUCAUCCAAUAACCAAUAUUAUCUCUGUAUAUAUAUGAUAUAUAUAUAUACUUCUGUAAGUAAUUAUCAUCCAAAAUUCCCUCACCCCACAUCCCAAGUUCACACCUUUAAGACUUUGCCAUCUUUUGUUGCUACUAUUACAGCUCCAUUUGAUCAAGAAUUAGAAAUGUGGGGAUUUGGGGGCAGAUUUUAUUGGGGAAACAAAACAAGAUUAAAUAAUAGUAAAGGAAUUGUGGUUGUAUUUGCAUGGAUGUCAAGCCAAACAAAACAUGUUAAGAAUUAUGUUGAUCUUUACUCUUCUCUUGGUUGGGAUUCACUUGUUUGCCAUUCCCAAUUUCUUAAUUUGUUCUUCCCUGAUAAGGCUCAUAUGUUGGCACUGGACAUUCUUAACGAGCUUGUUAAGGAGCUAAGGAAAAGGCCAUGCCCAGUUGUCUUUGCAUCUUUCUCUGGUGGUCCCAAAGCUUGCAUGUACAAAGCUUUGCAGAUAAUUGACUCGAAGGGUGAAUCUUGUAGAGAUCUGGGUGAAUUUCAACUAGUUAGAGAUUGUCUUUCUGGACACAUAUUCGAUUCGACUCCUGUGGAUUUCACAAGUGAUUUGGGCACACGAUUUGUUCUUCACCCGAGUAUUCUUAAAUUGUCUAGUCCUCCAACAAUAGCAAAAUGGAUUGCAAAUGGCAUCUCAUCUAGCCUUGAUGCUCUGUUCCUUAGUAGUUUUGAGUCACAGCGUGCAGUAUAUUGGCAGACUCUGUACUCAACUGUAAGAAUGAGAGCACCAUAUUUAAUACUUUGCUCGGAAAAUGAUGAUCUUGCUCCUUACCAAAUCAUCCGCAACUUUGCCCAACGGUUAGAAAGUCUUGGUGCUGAUGUCAAGUUGGUGAACUGGACUAGCUCUCCUCAUGUAGGUCAUUAUCGGCAUCAUCCCGUUGAGUACAAGGCUGCUGUGACUGACUUGCUAACCAAGGCUAUAUCCAUUUAUUCACAAAGAAUCCAACGAGUCAGUGGGUCUCACAGUGUGACCUCAGAACCGUUAAACCACCUAAGGGAAGCAGUUUCCAGUUCAAACGAGUACCAGAGCUUCCAUAGAAUCACUCUUGAUAUGAAUGACCACUUUGUCGUGCCUGGCUCAGUCGAGUACCAUGAAGGGAGAGAUGUGGGGUCCGUUCAGGAUGCCCCUAAAGAACGCUUCAUUCCAAGGUCAGCCCCACCAAUGGUCAACCCUCAGGGUAUUCUUGGUCAAAUCUUGUUUGAUGUUUGUGUCCCAAAAAACGUUGAAGAUUGGGAUUUAAGGUCUUCGUCAUCUUCCUCUUACACGUUUACUUCAGGCCGGAGACAUUCACAUUUUAAUCCUAUAAAAUGCAUUCGAAGAUCGAGACUUUAAAAACUAGUUUUUGGAUACUAUUGCAUUUUAGUUCAAGGUGAAAGAGUUGGUCUGAUUCAUGAGGUUUUUAAAAUUGAAUGUACAUACACAAUAAUGGAAGUUCAGUUUCUAUAGACUUAAAAAGGAAGUUAUUAAUUUGGUUUCUUGCA